AUGUCUCCGGCCACCGUUCUCCCGCCCGCUGGGCAGCAGCCCGGCCCCGUCGCCGCCGGCCUGCCCGAGUCCCGCGUUCUCAUCAUCGGCACCGGCGGCACCAUCUGCAUGCAGGAGGGUCCCGACGGCCUGCAGCCCAGCAGCAACUUUCUCGAGAGCGCCAUGGCGCCUCGGCCGACUUUCAACGACCAAUCCGGGCCGUCUGUCACCAUGCAGGCUAGCCUCAAGGGCAAGCUCAUGUCCAUCGAUAGUCUGCGCACGCCGCCAACUGCCUAUGGACGACAUAUUCGAUAUGGAAUCGUCGAGUUUGACCCGCUGCUGGACUCUAGCUCCAUUUCUGCCCACGACUGGGAUGCCGUGGCCGAGUGCGUGUAUGAAAACUACAACCUCUUUGACGGCUUUGUCAUCCUACACGGCACCGACUCUCUGUCCUACACGGCCUCGGCGCUCUCCUUCAUGAUGUCCAACCUGGGCAAGCCCGUCAUCCUCACCGGGUCCCAGGCCCCCAUUUUCGCUCUCCAGUCGGACGCCGUCGGCAAUCUGCUGGGCUCUCUCAUCAUCGCAGGCACGUUUGUCAUUCCCGAAGUCUGCCUGUUCUUCCACAACCGCCUCUACCGCGGUAACCGCACGACAAAGGUCUCGGCCGCUUCUUUCCAGGCAUUCGACAGCCCCAACUUUGAGCCACUUGCUCAGGUGAAUGGUCUUGGAGUGAGCGUCAACUGGAAUCUUGCCGAACGUGCCACUUCCAUUGCUCCCUUUUCCAUUUCGAAGCGACUCGACACCACCCACGUUGCCUGUUUGCGCAUCUUCCCUGGCAUCAAGCCAGAAAUGAUUGACGCUGUCCUGCAUCUGCCCGACAUCCGCGGUCUUAUUCUGGAGACGUUUGGUAUGGGCAACGUGCCCGGUGGCGUCGACGGCCGUCUGACCCAAGUAAUCAAGUCUGCCGUUGAGCGUGGCCUUAUUGUCGUCAACGUCAGCCAGUGCGUCAACGGCUUUGUAUCCCCCGUCUACGCCCCUGGUACCCAGCUUGGCCGAGCUGGUGUCAUCUUCGGUCUCGAUCUGACUGCCGAAGCCGCCCUCACCAAACUCUCCUACCUCCUAUCCCUCGGCAUCUCAAACAAGGAAAUCACAGAGAGCUUCCCCAAGUCCCUCCGCGGAGAGCUCACCGAGAUUGCCCACCCUACAUUCAGCCACCCCACGGCGCCUCUUCAGAACCCAGCCUCCCGCCUCACCGACGUCGAGUCUGCCUUUACCGUUCUGGGGUACGCCAUCCAAAACGGACAGAUUGCCGUCGUCAAGGAUCUUCUCAAGGGCGAAGGCAGCCAGCUUCUCAAGACGGCCGACUACGCUGGCAACACGGCUGUCCACCUUGCUGCCGUCUCUGGCGACGCCGCCAUUAUGCUCGAGCUGCUUCAGCAGGGCGCCAGCGUCCACGAGCGCAAUCGCGCCGACAACUCGCCGCUAUUCCUUGCUACGCUCUCUGGCAAGGAGGAAUGCGCACAGCUUCUCAAGGCUGCAGGCGCCCACCUUUCUGUUGAAGAGGUAGAGAGACGACCACUUGCCACUGCGCCGAACAAGGAAUAG